GAGCCCGGUGCGGCGGAGAUCAAAGCUGGGCGCAUUCGGUGGCGGCUCGGCGGGCGUGGGGAGAUGCAGGGGCUGCGAAGGCGGCUCCGGCCCCGCUCGCCUACGGAGAGGAUCUCUAACCCUUCCCCCAAGCCUGGCCAGUGGAGGGGCUCUGCCAUGGCCCCCAUACUGCAGGAGGCCGUGAGCACCCGUGACCUGGAGCUGGUGCAGCUGGUCCUGCGCUACCGUGACUACCAGAGAGCCAUCAAGCGCCUCGCGGGGAUCCCCAUCCUGCUGGAGAAGCUGCGCAAGGCUCAGGACUUCUACGUGGAGAUGAAGUGGGAGUUCACCAGCUGGGUGCCGCUGGUGUCCAAGAUCUGCCCCAGCGACACCUACAAGGUGUGGAAGAGUGGCCAGAACCUGCGGGUGGACACCACGCUGCUGGGCUUCGACCAUAUGACCUGGCAGCGGGGCAACCGCAGUUUUGUCUUUCGGGGACAAGACACCAGCGCGGUGGUGAUGGAGAUUGACCACGACCGGCGGGAAAAAGAGGCCUUUGCCAGCCACGACCAGUAGGUGCUGCUGGCUGCUGUGCAGCCCACUGAGGAGCAGGUGAUGGGACGGCUGACGGCCCCCGUCGUCACCACCCAGCUUGACACCAAGAACAUCGCCUUCGAGAGGAACAAGUCCGGGAUCCUGGGCUGGAGGAGCGAGAAGACGGAAAUGGUGAAUGGGUACGAGGCCAAGGUCUACGGCGCCUCUAAUGUGGAGCUGAUCACGCGGACGCGGACCGAGCACCUCUCGGACCAGCACAAGGGCAAGAGCAAAGGCAGCAAGACCUCCCUGCAGUCCUUCCUGGGCAUC